AACGGUCGUACGACCGUUUUUGACGUACGAUUAUCGUACGUCGAUCGUACGAUUUUGCUAGUGUCUUAUCAAAGAUCGCGGGUGAUCUGUGUCGUACGAUUAUCGUAAGAUUGUGUAUAAAGUCUGCGAUCGCUUAGGAGCAGUCGUAGAUCAAACAAAAUGGCCGCCGUAAUAUUACAAAGGCAACGCCAGCGGCGAAAACGGCGAAAUUUCAAGGAACGUGUGGUUACCAUUGACCACUUGACAGAGCAGGAGGUCGUCUCCAGAUACAGACUUGACAAAGCGUCAAUUGCAGAGUUGGAGGGCCUCUGUAGGGAAGACCUGUCGCCCAAGACAGAUCGUUCUUGUCCCCUACAGAGCAUGACAAAGGUUCUCAUUGGGCUGAGAUUUCUGGCUAAGGGUGACUUUUUAUCAGAGGUCGCAGAUUUGCAUGGGGUUUCCAAGGCCACAGCAGCCACUGUAGUGGAUGAGUUCAUUAACAGUGUGAAUCUAAGGUUAAGGAACAUCAGGUUUCCAACAGAUAGAAUUGAGUUAAAUGAAAUAAAAAGGAAAUUCUACCAAAAGUGUAGAAUACCCAACAUCAUAGGAGCAGUAGAUGGUACGUUAAUACCAAUUCAAGCACCCACAGAAGAUGAGGCAGCAUAUGUUUGUAGAAAGAACUACCAUGCUCUAAAUGUUCAAGCCGUUUGUGAUCCAGAUGCAAGAUUUACAGAUGUUGUUGCCAUGUGGCCAGGGUCCCAGCAUGAUGCAGCAAUUUUCAACUCCUGUGGUUUGAAGACUGACAGUCUUAUCCAAUGCAGAGGUGGAGCUAGGGCAAUAUUUCCAUGUGAUAGUUGA